AUGGUCCGCGGCGCAGAAUAUGACGACGGUGUUCCCCACAGCGACAACGCCAUCGAAGCAGGCAAGACAAAGGUCCACGGUGCCGGUUCUUCCAAUCCUGAAAUGGGCCGCGUGUACAGAACCGCCGAGUUGCCCGAGGCAGCGAAGCAAACUGGAGGUAAUGCGACCAGCAUUGGCGGUAGUGCCGGCCACUCGAGUGGAAAGGGUGGUCAUGACCCGAAGACUUGGGGAGAGAACAAGGGGCUUGGGGCCCAUAAGGCAUGA